AUGCAACAAAACACACCACAAAAACCACAAACACCGUCUGAUGAAAGUUAUAGAUUUUACCAACUCCUUCUAUUUAACUUCUCACACUUUGUUGCGGAUGAAGACUUCAACAGAUAUUGGGAAGUUUUCACAGGGGAAAAAGGAUUUGAAACACUUGCACCAGAAGACAAACCAUGGGAGACAGAAGGAGCAAACCUCGAAGAAUAUUUCAACUAUGGGUUUAAUGAAAAGACGUGGUCUGCAUAUGCAAAGAAACUGAGAGAGUUGUACAAAAACUCCUUAGCAGAGAAAGAAAUCACAACAGUAGAUACCACAGUCAAAACAAAGCAAGCAAUCAUGGAUUUAGAACCAAAGAACAAAAUAAAAAAUGAACCAAAAAUCGAGGAAAGCAAAGAAGAGCCAAAAAAAGAAGAACGCCGAGAACGAGGGAAUGACAAGCAUGAAGAAAGAAAAACACGUCAGAGUGAGAAGAGAGAAAGCCGAGAUAAAGAGAGUAAAAGAGAAAGUAGAGACCGAGAACGCAGAGAUAAAGAAAGUAGAGAUAGAGAAAGUAGAAGAGAACGUGAUGAACAUAAAAGAAGGGAGCAUGAGAGUCGAACAGAACAUAGUCGAAGAUCCAGGUCUAGAAGACGUGAACGAUCACCACGGAGAAAACGAUAG